UCCCCCCUCCCGUCAUGGCGGCGGCGGACAUCACGGCGCUGUUCAAGGCCUCCGUCAAGACGGUGAAGACGCGCAACAAGGCGCUGGGCGUCCCGCCCGGAGGAGCCGAGCCCGCCGCCCUCUGGCCCAGGCGCGACCCCCGGGGAAGGGGAGGCUUCUCCGCCCGCGCCCGCGAAGUGGUUAAUAACAUUGGAAAACUCAAAGACUUCCUUCUGCAGCACCGGAAAGAUUACAUUAAUGCUUAUAGCCACCUCAUGUCUGAGUAUGUGCGAAUGUCCGACACUGACCGAGAUCAGAUUGACCAAGAUGCCCAAAUCUUCAUGAGAACCUGUGCUGAUGCAAUUCAGCAGCUCAGAGCAGAAGCACACAAGGACAUCCAUUCCCCACAAGUGAAGCAGCACCGAGAAACGGUUUUGGAUUUCAUUGCAGACUACUUAAAAAGAGUGUGCAAGCUGUACUCGGAGCAAAGAGCAAUACGGGUCAAGCGCGUAGUGGAUAAAAAGAGAUUAUCCAGGCUUGAACCUGAGCAAAGCAGUAAGUCUCCAGGAAGAGUGCCCGAGACAGAGGUGGAGGCUCCUCCAGAAGAAUUGGAAGAAAAACUCACCAGGGAAGGCAACCGAGAGAGGAACCUGGUUGAUGAGCAUGCUGAUUUUGGUCUUGGUCAAGACAGCAGAGGAGACGAUGAGCUUUCUCCUGAAGAAAUCCAAAUGUUUGAACAGGAAAACCAACGCCUUGUGGGUGAAAUGAACAGCCUGUUUGAUGAAGUGAGGCAGAUUGAAGGGAAAGUAGUUGAAAUAUCUAGACUUCAAGAAAUAUUUACAGAAAAAGUAUUACAACAGGAAGCUGAAAUCGAUAAUAUCCACCAGAUAGUUGUGGGUGCAACAGAGAACAUCAAGGAAGGCAACGAAGACAUAAGAGAGGCGAUCAAGAAUAAUGCUGGAUUUCGAGUGUGGAUCCUUUUCUUCCUGGUCAUGUGCUCCUUCUCUCUGUUGUUUCUGGACUGGUACGGAAGCUGAUCCUGGCCAAUAAACCCCUGCGGAACCACCUCGCCAGGUGACACUGCAUUUCAUGCAUCAUGGCUGUAGAAAUGUGGGUGUCUCAGAACUCAUGGGGAGCUUUAGGCAGCAGACGGCUGCCAGGAAAUGCUCAGUAAAAGUGUUGACAGGUACAUGGUUACAGCAGGGAGUUGCCAAACAUUUAUAUGGGAUGAAAUGCCGAGCAGCCGCUUCCCCUUCAGGGCUGAGGCCGUGUUUUCCAGCAUGCCAUUGGCCUUCCCUGCUGGCUGAAGUCGGGGGAGCCCCCCCACCCCCUGCCCGAAAAAGUCCCCUUUAUGGAGAGGAGCUUCAGCUCAGAACACGGACUGCUGCUUGGCUCUUGCCAGAAACUCUUGUGUCCCAACUCCCUUCCCUCAUUUUGUCUUCCCUUUCAAAGCCCCAAUUGGCCUUUCCAGCUCUGAGACAUGGGUCUGUGGAAGCCCCCCCCCCCCCCCCCCCCCCAAAAAAAAGAGAGGAAGGAGGUCUUCUUGAAUGAUCCAUUUCAGUUUACAGCAAAUGGUGAUUGCUCAGACUUAGUCAUGCAAAUAAUCGUUUUUAGAAAGGUUAUAGAAGCAGUUUCUGUUGCAAGCAGGGUGACCAGAAUUUCUUUUCCUCUCUACUGCUGCAAACAUCUAUUUAAACAUAUGGAGUUUGA